GGGAAGAUGGUGCAGACUAUAUCUCUAGUCAGACUCCGGGUAUAAAACUGGAGGUGUUUCCCGGGGACUCCAGCCCGGGGUAAGACCCGCAGAACCAACAUGUCAAUCUCCCUGGAGGCUGACAAGCAGUUGGGGACGCUAUUCCCCAACUCCGAACAUAUUCAAGAUGCAUCGUCUCAUAACACCAAGAACAAGGAUCAGGGCAUACGGAAUGAACGCGACCGUGCGAACCCUGGAAAUGGAAUCCUGAAAUACUUUGGUUGGAUGGGUGACUUACCCGAGUGGAAGAUAGGCGGAGAGAAGCUUAAGGGCCGGUCCCUGAACUGGUCCAUUGGGUUUAUCGCUAGUUUCGGGUUUCUGAUGUUCGGGUACGAUCAGGGGGUGCUAAGCGCGCUACUCACGCUCGAUUCUUUCCAGGAGACCCUCUCCCUCAUGACUCCUCGCGAGAAGUCAAACGAUCUUUGCUGGUUGAACAACCCGACCAACACCAUACCCCACCCCACGCACUGCAGAGGCGAUGCAAACACUCAGGCAGCGGGAGUUGCUAUAUACCAAAUCGGAUGCUGGCUGGGCUCACUCGUGAUUCUGGCCUACGGGGAGCGCUGGGGACGGAAAUCAAGUACAUUCUGGGGCUCUCUCAUUAUGAUCAUCGGCACGAUAAUGCAAGCUGCCUGCUUUGAGUACGGCUUGUUCGUUGCAGGCCGUGUUGUCGGAGGUAUUGGCAAUGGCAUGGUAACAUCCACGAUCCCAACAUGGCAGUCUGAAUGUGCCAGGCCACAUCAGCGCGGUAUUCUGAUUAUGCUCUCGGGCGCUCUCAUUUCUGCCGGUAUUAUGAUCGCCUACUGGGUGGAUUACGGGUUUUAUUUUCUGACUGGGUCUGUCCGCUGGAGAUUCCCACUUAUGUUCCAAUCGUUCUUUACUAUCAUUGUUAUGAUCGGUCUGCUUUAUCUACCCGAUUCUCCUAGAUGGCUCAUCAUGCAAGGCCGCCAUACAGAGGCUCGCGAGGUCACAGCUCGACUUGUGGACAGGCCAGAGGAGCACCCAGAUGUCGACGAAGAACUGCGUAACAUUAAUGAAGCUUUGGAGGUCCAAAGUCGUGGUGGUGGUUUCCAGUACCGUGAGCUACUCACCAAUGGACCGUCACAAAACCUCCGUCGCACCACACUGGCCAUGGUCGCACAGUUCUUCCAGCAGAUUUGCGGAAUCAAUUUGAUAACAUACUACGCCACCUUCCUGUUUGAAAACUCUCUCGGAUUCGGACCAAGCAGGGCGCGCCUUCUGGCUGCCUGUAAUGGAACCGAAUACUUCCUCGCCUCGCUUAUAGCCCUACCUCUUAUCGAACGGACCGGUCGACGGAAACUGAUGUUAAUCGGUGCGUUCGGCAUGAUGGCAUCGAUGGCCAUCUUGGCUGGUACUGUGUCCACUGGGGAAACCCUGGAAAACGGAGCGCCUAAGCUGGAGACCAAGUAUGGUGUCACGGCCACUGUAUUCUUGUUCGUUUUCAACUCUUUCUUCGCCAUCGGCUGGCUGGGUAUGACCUGGCUGUAUCCGGCGGAAAUCACGAACCUUCGGAUUCGGAUCCAGGCCAAUGCUUUGUCAACCAGCUCUAAUUGGAUGUCCAACUUCCUGAUUGUCAUGAUCACUCCUCCCGCGUUUGCUAAUCUAGGGUACAAGACAUAUAUCAUGUUUGCCGUCUUUAAUGCUGCACUUAUUCCCUGUGUAUAUCUGUUCUUCCCUGAGACUAAGGGACGUACGUUAGAAGAGCUGGACCUGGUGUUUGCUAGUGCUAAUGCUGAAGGUAUAUCGCCUGUGAAGCAGAGCUUGAAGAUGCCGAAGCUGGUCGGACAGAACCUGGACAGGGAGUUGGCGCGGUACUUUGGUUCGGGUAGUGAUGAAGAGACUUCAAGGGAGAAGUAAAUCUUGGAGAUGCCGGGUGUAUC